AUUGCAAGCACGUGACUAUCAAAACGAAAACAUUGCAGAGCUCUGUGUUCUCUGUUCACAAGUUUGAGUUGUCAAAAGUGGUCCAAAAAUGUCCAUAGCAAUUGAAAUUUUGGUUCGGAAAGCAAACAAAGUGUACCACGAAGGGGAAAUCAUCAGCGGGGUGGUUGUGGUGGUUUCGCCGUCGGACGUGCGGCACGACGGCAUCACCCUUUUCGCCGACGGCACCGUCAACCUGCAGCUCAGUUCUAAAAACGUCGGAAUCUUUGAGGCCUUCUACAACUCCGUCAAGCCAGUGUCUCUGGUUUCGUGCGUGCUGGAGGUAGCAUCAGCAGGCAAACUGCCUGCUGGCAAAACGGAAAUCCCUUUUGAAUUCCCUUUGAGGGCGAGGAGCAGUAAACCCCUGUAUGAAACUUACCACGGCGUCUUUGUCAGUGUCCAGUACACCCUCAAGUGCGAAAUCCGCCGCAGCUUCCUUGCCAAGGACCUGCUCAAGACGGCCGAGUUCAUCGUCGAAUACAAUCUGAAUAAAUGUGGCAAGGCCGAGCCAAAGCCUGUGCAGUUUGUAAUUUCGCCCGACUCGCUGCAGAACGUAAAGGAGAGGGCGCGCAUCCCCCGUUUCAAAAUCACAGGCCACCUCGACUCCACCGUCUGCUGCCUCACAAAACCCUUCACCGGAGAACUUGUGGUGCAAAAUUCCGAGAUUCCAAUUAAGUCGGUGGAGCUGCAGUUGGUGCGUGUCGAAACUUGUGGCUGCGCCGAAGGCUAUUCCAGAGAUGCGACUGAAAUCCAAAACAUCCAAAUAGGAGAGGGAGACGUUUCCUGCGGUAUUGCCAUUCCCAUCUACAUGGUGUUCCCGAGGCUCUUCACUUGUCCCACUCUGACGACCAGCAGUUUCAAAAUUGAAUUUGAAGUGAAUAUAGUGGUGAUUUUCCAAGACGACCAUCUCAUCACAGAGAACUUUCCAAUAAUUCUAACCAGAGGAUAAAACGGUGCCCCUGUUGUUAAUUUAUAUCUUCUAGGAUAAUAAGAAUCGCAUUUAAUGUCUUCAUUUUUCUCACUUUUGAAGUAUUUUGUAAAAGGCUGUUAUUUACUAUAUUUAAAUAAAAGUAUUAAAAAUUAUGAAAUGGAA